UGCAGUGCUUUCGCUGCCGACCGAGGCUUCAGCAGCUGAUCAUGGGUAAUUUGCCGACUGAGAGAGUUAGUAUGGCGCGACCGUUUACAACUGCUGGUGUGGACUUUUGUGGUCCGAUUAUGACGACGUACAAACAAAGAGGAAUGCGCACUACAAAAAGCUAUAUCGCCGUCUUCGUAUGUUUCGUUGGCGGCCUCUGGGAGGCGGCGGUGAAAUCCGCUAAAUACCAUCUGGUUCGCAUCCUAGGCGAAGCGUUUCUAACAUUUGAGGAGCUAUGUACUGUGGUCGCAGAAGUCGAGGCCACGUUAAACUCGCGGCCCUUGACUGCAAUGUCUUCCGACCCAAGCGACGAAGCUGUUAUUACGCCGGGACAUUUUUUGACAGGUGGGCCGCUUGUUGGAAUUUUGGAACCUAUUAUCGAAAGCGAGCAUAUCUCAAACUUAAACCGCUGGGUGCGACUAACGGCCAUAAAACAACACUUUUGGAAGCGUUGGUCAUCCGAAUACCUGUACGAGUUGCAGCGAAAGACGAAGUGGACGGCGAACAAAGAAAACGUAGUUGAAGGCGACUUAGUUUUGGUGUCAGAAGACAAUGCACCACCUAAAUCAUGGUUAAUAGGAAGAGUAACGAGGGCCAUAAAGGCUGCUGAUGGGUAUGUGCGCGUUGUCGACAUUGAAACCAAGAACGGGUGCAUCCGUCGCGCAAUACAAAAGGUGGCGUCAAUUCCAAAACCCGAAUGAAGUUGAUCUGUCAGUAGACACAUCA